GGUGGUGUUGGUAGGGAACCUUUCAACAACGACUCCAAGUCUUGCUUUCCUUCUUACUAGAGAAUAUAGAGUGAGAUCACAGAACAGGCGAAGGAGAUCGAAGCUAGUCAUGGCAGAGAGUGUGGUGAGUUUUCUACUGGAGAAGUUUUCGUCCUUGUUGGAAGAUGAGGCCAAGCUCUUGAGCGGGGUUCAAGAUGAAGUUGUUUUCGUGAAAAAUGAGUUGGAUCGCAUAAGAGCAUUCUUGCGAUCUGCUGAUGCUAAGGAAGAUCACGAUGAAGAAAUCAAAGUGUGGGUUAAGCAAGUUAGAGAGGUCGCUUACGAUGCAGAAGACAUCAUCGAUGAUUUCUUGUAUACAUUUGAGCAUACCAAGCGACAUGGAUUCUAUGGUUAUUUGUGUAAGAUGGCUCGCGGGAUCAAGAACUUGAAAGCUCGCCGUCGAAUUGCCUCCCAAUUGCAGAGUAUCAAACGCAGAGUUACUGAUAUUUCUGAGGGGCGCCAGAGAUAUGGUUACAAACGGAGUAGUACGGAGAUCGGGUCGAGUUCGGGAACUAAACCUUGCUACUAUUCUGAGGUUAGAAGCGACGCACGGUUGCUGGAAGAAGCUCAACUAGUGGGCAUUGAGUCAGACAAGGAAGGUCUUUUGAGUUUUCUUGUGGAGGAUACCCCUCAACUACGAGUGGCUGCAGUGGUCGGAAUGGGAGGGCUGGGCAAAACUACUCUGGUGAGUUCAGUUUAUAACGAUUCACUAGUAAAGAAUCAUUUUCAUCAAAUCCAAGCUUGGGUCACUGUUUCACAAUCGUUCAAGCUAGAUGAAGUUCUGAGACAAAUUAUCCAGCAAUUUUUCAAGGCCACCAAUCUGCCUGUUCCUGAUGAAGUCGAGAAGUCCACAGACACACACUUCUUAAAGACAACCAUUGUUGAUUUUCUUAGGGACAAAAAAUAUUUGGUUGUAUUGGAUGACAUAUGGGAUGUGAAUGCAUGGGAAGCAGUCAAAGUUGCAUUUCGGAACAACAACAAUGGUAGCCGAGUAAUGAUCACUACUCGAAUUGCAGAUGUGGCCUCUUCCUCUACCAAAGAUGUUGGGGGUCAGAUCUUAACCUUAAAUCCUUUAUCUUCUGAAGAUUCUUGGACUCUAUUUUGUGCAAAAGCCUUUCAAGGUAAUGCGUGUCCUACUCAUUUAGAGGAAAUUUCAAGAGACAUCCUGAAAAGAUGUGAGGGAUUGCCUCUUGCCAUUGUUGCAAUAGGAAGCAUGUUGGCCACAAAGGACAUCAACAGGGUUGAUGAAUGGGACAUUGUUCACCGUUCUCUGCGGGCUGAAUUACAAGACAAUACAAAACUGAAAGGCAUGCAAGCCAUACUUUCACUUAGUUUCAAUGAUUUGCCUUACCACUUGAAGCAUUGCUUCAUGUAUCUAAUUUUAUUCCCUGAGGGUUACUCGAUUAAACGCAAUGUCCUGAUUCGAUUGUGGAUUGCUGAAGGUUUCAUAGAAGAAAUUGAAGGAAGAACAUUAGAAGAAGUGGCAAAUGGUUGUUUCAACGAGCUUCUUAACAGAAGCUUGGCCCAAGUAAAUGAUAGAUAUGAUGAUGGAAGAUUUAAAAGUUGUCGAGUGCACGAUAUUGUAAGGGAAACUAUGCUUCUAAAAUCGAAAGAUCAAGGCUUUGCAGCAAUAACUAAUAAAGGGAGCAGUAAAAGGCUUCCAGAAAGAGUUCGACGCCUAUCUGUGCAUGAAGGAACAAAUAUAGAUGCAUCGGGGGACAAACAACUGCGCUCUUUGCUCUUAUUCACCGAAGAAAAAGAUGUCUGGAAUAAAUUCAUGUCUUCAUUUUCUGACCAGAGAUCAAGACUUGUCAAGGUGUUGGAUUGUACACGUGCACCUGCGACUACAUUUCCAGAGAGUAUCACAAAGCUAUACCACUUGCGAUACCUAUGUUUAAGAGAUACCGCUGUAAGUUCAAUUCCACCGUCUAUUGCGAAUCUUCGACAUCUUGAAACGUUAGACCUCAAAAGGACUCUUGUGCGAGAGCUCCCUAGUGAGAUUUUACGAUUACAGUGUUUGCGACAUGUAAUAGUUUAUGAUUAUAGAAGUUAUCCGACAUGGCAUGGCUUUAAGGCUUUAAAAGGAAUGGAAUCCCUUUCUUCCUUGAGAAAACUCAUGUGUGUUGAGGCAAAACAGGGUGAAAAUGAGCCUAUGGUAUCCUUAGGAAGGCUAACACAACUGACGAGGUUAGGCAUCCUAAAGCUUGGAGCUGAGCAUGGAGAUGCACUAUUCUCUUCAAUUCGUGAAUUAAAGCUCCUUCGUUCAUUAGCUUUGGAUUCAAGAACAGAGGAUGAAGCCCUUAGUUUCCAAUUUAAAUCCUUCUCAUCUCUUCCAUUGCUCUAGAGAUUAUAUAUAAUAGGUCCUGUGGAGAAGUCACUAGAAGGACUACAAAACCUUAGAAACUUGUCUACAUUAGUUCUGAGUGGUAGUAGGUUGCAGGUAGAUCCGCUAGAGUCAUUACAAGAUUUGCCCAAUCUAGUAUCACUCGAGUUGGAUAAAGCUUGUGAUGGGGAGUCACUAUGUUUUAAAGUUGGGAGUUUCUUAAUGCUCAGAGAUCUCAAUAUUUCAAAAUUGGAAAACUUAAGAAUGGUGACAGUGGAAGACAAAGCAUUGUCUCAUCUCGAACGUAUGAGUUUGGACGAUUGUAAAUUACUGAAGGAAAUACCAUCAGGAAUUGAACGCCUAAGAAACCUCCAACUACUUCAAUUGGUAAAUAUGGCCGCAGAAUUGACCACAACUAUAUAUCGUGGAAGUCAACAUGUUAACUACUCAAAAGUAAUGCACAUUCCACAUGUUUUCAUCAGCCAAUGGAAUAUUGAAACGGGACGUGAUGGUUAUUGGCUUUAGAGAUGUAUUGAAGAUGUGAGUUCGUAAUGAGAAGUGGACUUUUACCUCUCUAUAAUUGUUGAGUACUUACUAAAUGUUUUUGAAGAAGUUAGGUUUGAUGUGAAAAAAGUGGAAGGUGAAUUUCUUCAUAGACCAAAAUAUGAUAUAAUAUCAUGGUUGGAUUCAUUAUAUUUUGGCUGUUAUCUUGUUUUUCAAGGACUUUCCAAUUCUAUUGUGCUAAGAACAAAGAUGACAUUCUAUUUGACAAAACUAGUUAUCUUUUUAUUUGAUUAAUUGGAUUCAUGUUCUUUUGAGCCUUUGUAGCUCUUGUUCUCAACUUAGUAUGAAUAUUCUUUCAUCAUUUUCUGUUCAUCGUGUGGUGUCAUUGUGUUGGCUACUAGUGCCUCUUUCUAAGACUAAAGAAGUAUCAAUUUUCAUAAUAUUAGUGUCAAUUAUAAAUUCAUUCUUCUUUUUUAAAAAAAAAAAAGUAAAUGGAGAUAUUACCAACAAAAAUAUCGUUUCAGUUUCAAAAGUUCUACUUAUGUUCCAAAUCUAACUUUUAUUGUCUGAUUCUCAUAAUUUGUUACAGUAUAGUGAGGCAGCUUUCAAGGUAUUUCUCAUUAAUUGCUUGUGUGCCAUCUAGCAACCUCUGUUGGGGCAUAAUCAAGUUGUUGAUUGAGCUUAUAAUGAUUGGGAGGCACAGGUCUUUUGAUGAUGAGAAAGAAAUAGAUUAAGAGUUUGACAUGUUGUUGAGCGAAGUUCUGUGUUUGGGGUCGAUUUUGAGAUAUCAGAAUCUGUCUUUCUUGAGACUUGCCUUAAAAUUUUUGAUAAAAGCUGUUCAGAAUGGUGUUCAAAAUGUGAUUGGAAGACACUUUUGGUAUCUGAAGUUUCUGGAGAUAAUUCUGCUUAGUUGAGAUUCUGUAAUGUCAAAUGUCAUGUGUAGACAUUUGUUGUAAUAAACUAUUUUGAGUUCUGAUAUUCCUUGAGUUUUAUGCUUUGGUUUAGUUUUUAAAGUUACUUGACACUAUCUAGAUGGAUUUUUUAGUUGUUUCAUUCUAAUUGAUUCAAUAUAGACUACUGCGUUUUUUGUUUUGUUUUAUUUUCUGUUCUGUUUUUUCUUUCUUUGGUUUUUGUUAAGGUAAAAAGUUUGACCUUACUAAAUAUUACAUGCAAUUCUGGUUUGAGUUGCAUAUAUAAUAUAUAUUGAUACAAGAGCCCCAUUA